AUGUUUCCAACAUACAGUCAGUUCCUAUAUGACAAUAUUUGUGACCUUGCAGACCUGUAUGACUCUAAGCCAGUGUUACAAACUGCUAUCAACAGUAUUGAAGUGACAGUAUAUCUCAGCAAACUGAGAGAACUAAGCUCAAGCCCCAAAUACAGGAAGACCUGUGAGAGUGUCAGUGUUCACCCAUCUAGGCUUGAACACAGGUUCACCCAAACAUGUCCUGCCAACACAGUGGACACCAAUAAAUGGCCACAAAAUACCCACACAAGCAGUUCUGCCAACACAGUGGACACCAAUAAAUGGCUACAAAAUGCCUGCACAAAUAGUCCUGCCAACACAGUGGACACCAAUAAAUGGCUACAAAAUACCCACAAAAGCAGUCCUGCCAACACAGUGGACACCAAUAAAUGGCUACAAACUGCCUGCACAAAUAGUCCUGCCAACACAGUGGACACCAAUAAAUGGCUACAAAAUACCCACACAAGCAGUCCUGCCAACACAGUGGACACCAAUAAAUGGCUACAAAAUACCCACACAAACAGCCCUGCCAACACAGUGGACACCAAUAAAUGGCUACAGAAUUUCCACACAAGCAGUCCUGCCAACACAGUGGACACCAAUAAAUGGCUACAAAAUGCCUGCACAAAUAGUCCUGCCAACACAGUGGACACCAAUAAAUGGCUACAAAAUGCCUGCACAAACAGCCCUGCCAACACAGUGGACACCAAUAAAUGGCUACAAAAUACCUGCACAAACAGCCCUGCCAACACAGUGGACACCAAUAAAUGGCUACAAAAUGCCUGCACAAACAGCCCUGCCAACACAGUGGACACCAAUAAAUGGCUACAAAAUGCCUGCACAAACAGUCCUGCCAACACAGUGGACACCAAUAAAUGGCUACAAAAUGCCUACACAAACAGCCCUCCCAACACAGUGGACACCAAUAAAUGGCUACAAAAUGCCUGCACAAACAGCCCUGCCAACACAGUGGACACCAAUAAAUGGCUACAAAAUGCCUGCACAAACAGCCCUGCCAACACAGUGGACACCAAUAAAUGGCUACAAAAUGCCUACACAAAUAGCCCUCCCAACACAGUGGACACCAAUAAAUGGCUACAAAAUACCCACAAAAGCAGUCCUGCCAACACAGUGGACACCAAUAAAUGGCUACAAAAUGCCUACACAAAUAGCCCUCCCAACACAGUGGACACCAAUAAAUGGCUACAAAAUGCCUGCACAAAUAGCCCUCCCAACACAGUGGACACCAAUAAAUGGCUACAAAAUACCCACACAAGCAGUCCUGCCAACACAGUGGACACCAAUAAAUGGCUACAAAAUACCCACACAAACAGCCCUGCCAACACAGUGGACACCAAUAAAUGGCUACAGAAUUUCCACACAAGCAGUCCUGCCAACACAGUGGACACCAAUAAAUGGCUACAAAAUGCCUGCACAAAUAGUCCUGCCAACACAGUGGACACCAAUAAAUGGCUACAAAAUGCCUGCACAAACAGCCCUGCCAACACAGUGGACACCAAUAAAUGGCUACAAAAUACCUGCACAAACAGCCCUGCCAACACAGUGGACACCAAUAAAUGGCUACAAAAUGCCUGCACAAACAGCCCUGCCAACACAGUGGACACCAAUAAAUGGCUACAAAAUGCCUGCACAAACAGUCCUGCCAACACAGUGGACACCAAUAAAUGGCUACAAAAUGCCUACACAAACAGCCCUCCCAACACAGUGGACACCAAUAAAUGGCUACAAAAUGCCUGCACAAACAGCCCUGCCAACACAGUGGACACCAAUAAAUGGCUACAAAAUGCCUGCACAAACAGCCCUGCCAACACAGUGGACACCAAUAAAUGGCUACAAAAUGCCUACACAAAUAGCCCUCCCAACACAGUGGACACCAAUAAAUGGCUACAAAAUACCCACAAAAGCAGUCCUGCCAACACAGUGGACACUAAUAAAUGGCUACAAAAUGCCUGCACAAACAGCCCUGCCAACACAGUGGAUACCAAUAAAUGGCUACAAAAUGCCUGCACAAAUAGCCCUCCCAACACAGUGGACACCAAUAAAUGGCUACAAAAUGCCUGCACAAACAGCCCUGCCAACACAGUGGACACCAAAAAUGGCCUUAAAAUGCCUGCAGCAUUUUUUUGUUCAAAGAAAAAGCCCAAAAAUGCGACAUAA